GUUCCCUAACAGGAAUCCCUGUUUGAUUACUGUACGUGAAAUUAUCCCCUAUUUACUGUUUUAUUUGAAAAUCUCUACCACGAACUGACGCAGGGCCAUUCUCCCCUCGGCUACAGGAUAACGUCAGUAGCCGAUCUGUGGAAAUAUGAGUUCUAUGCUGCCGUUCACACCUCCCAUCGUCAAACGUCUUCUCGGGUGGAAGAAGGGCGAUUCUGAAGACAAGUGGUCUGAGAAAGCUGUCAAAAGUUUGGUUAAACGACUAAAGAAAACAGGAUCCUUAGACGAACUAGAAAAAUCGAUUUCAAACCAAGACGCCAGCACCAAGUGUGUCACCAUUCCAAGAUCCUUGGAUGGGCGUUUACAGGUGUCGCACCGUAAGGGGCUGCCGCAUGUGAUCUACUGUCGUUUGUGGAGGUGGCCAGACUUACAAAGCCAUCACGAACUUAGAGCUAUUGAUUCUUGUGAAUUUGCAUUCAACUUAAAGCGAGACGAAGUGUGUGUAAAUCCAUAUCAUUACGAGAGGGUGGAAACCCCCGUUCUUCCCCCUGUGUUAGUACCCAGACAAACCGGAGAUAUUCCGACUGACUUUCCGCCAUUGGACGACUAUUCUACUUCCAUCCCAGAAAACACCAACUUUCCUGUUGGCGUUGAAGCCCAGAGUAUUCUUCCAGAGACCCCACCACCUGGCUACAUGAGUGAAGACGGGGAUAACCAGGACCAGAGCAUGGACACCUCCACCCCUGGGGGGAAUGGAGCAGAUGCUGCUGCAAGUCCAAAUCCAUCUUUGGAUGUGCAGCCAGUUCCAUACUGUGAGCCGCCAUUUUGGUGUUCCAUUGCGUAUUACGAAAUGAACACGAGAGUUGGUGAGACAUUCCACGCCUCGCAGCCAUCUCUGACUGUGGAUGGUUUUACGGAUCCGUCCAACUCGGAACGAUUCUGUCUCGGACUCCUAUCAAAUAUUAACAGAAACCAAACCAUUGAACUUACCAGAAGACACAUUGGUAAAGGUGUUCGAUUAUAUUACAUAGGAGGUGAAGUAUUUGCGGAAUGUUUAAGUGAAAGUAGUAUAUUUGUACAAAGUCCACAGUGUAAUCUACGAUAUGGAUGGCACCCGGCCACUGUUUGCAAAAUUCCACCUGGUUGUAAUCUGAAAAUUUUUAAUAAUCAGGAGUUUGCAGCGUUACUUUCACAGUCUGUGAACCAAGGAUUUGAAGCGGUUUAUCAGCUGACUAGGAUGUGCACUAUACGUAUGAGUUUUGUCAAAGGUUGGGGUGCUGAAUACAGACGUCAAACGGUGACCAGCACGCCAUGUUGGAUCGAAUUACAUCUUAACGGACCAUUGCAGUGGCUGGACCGUGUUCUGACGCAGAUGGGAUCGCCGCGAGUGCCGUGUUCGAGUAUGUCAUGAGAAUCGAGUAAUUAUUGGUGUAAGCAGCUGACACAAUAAAUGUUGCACCAUGUACAGAACUAUGAGAGACCAGAGAUUCCAGAGCAUCAUCUUUCUGUUUCCAGGCAACCAAUCUCAUCCAUGAUGAUCGUGUUCAUCCAAAAACAAUUGAAAGGCCAGCUUCCAAAUUAUCCUCACAAAAAAAAAACGGGACAUCAAAAUAAAAGAAGCUGCUGAAGAGCCCCCCCCCUAUAACUUUGAUUAUACUACAACGAAUAGCGCCACCAACUUUAAUUAUACUAUAAUGAAGGGCGCCACCAACGUUGAAGCCAAUUUGAUAAAUAGCGCCACCAACUUUGGAGGCGCUAUUAAUGUAUAAUGACACCUCACUGAAUGGUGUCACCACAAUUGUAUUUCACAUAUUCUGGUGAAAAUUGUGCAGAAUCAUUACUGACAAUGUGUAAAUAUAUAUUGAAUUUCUUAUUGCAAACAAAAAAGGAAGUAAAAAAAAAUAUUUUUAAGAAAAACAAAACAAUAAAAAACUGGCCAACAUUUUACAAAGUUAGUUAGGUAUAUGCAUCAUUUGUCUCCAUGGUAAUCUAUAGUUUAAUACCUGUAUAGAAAGGUUAUUUUUAGAGUAUCUUUUGGAGCUACUGCAUUUGUGCAGUUGAAAGGUGCUACAUGAACGAGGAUAACUAGUGAUUACUCGUAUAACCUAGAAAAGGUAUACAUAGAAGAUAAUCAUUUUCUAUCAAGUUUAUCAGUACCUGUUACAACCAGUCAUAACUGCUUGUACCUUGUCAAAUGCAGAUAUUAAACAUGUUUACAUUAUUUUUUUCAAAACUAUUGAUAUAGCCAGAUGUAUCUUGAAAUUAUUUUCUUUUAAACACUAUUUUUUUUAAAUCAAAAUUUUGAUGCCAGUCAGUGUUAUCUUUUUUUUUUCCGCAACUGCCUACACCUCGCACUAAUAUCAUACCCUUCAUUUGGAUUUGAUUGGAUAGGAUUGGGAAAAAUUUAGCAGUCAGAUUUAUAUAUAAAUAUAUAUUUAAAAAAAAAAAAAGUACAGAUUUUUUUUCUUUCUUUAUGUUGCUAUCGCUUGUGUGGUAAUUACUCUAACUUUAUUAUCUUGUAUAACUAUAGCACAGUGAGCUUCCCGUCGCAGUAAACAAGACAAAAGUCACAUUAUGUGAAGUUACUAUGUACCGCAUUUAUUUCACGAGUGGCAAUUUUCGUAUGGUUCACUGGAUUUGGGAAAAAUGUUAUAGCUGUUUUCACUUUAAAAAAGGAGUGAAUGUGACCUUCAAGUUUCAGCCUUGUAAACAUUCUCGAAUUAUUGAAUCAAGAAAAUUUUAUCUAUUUACAGUAUAUAUUGUGAAUGAUGUAUGGGUUUGAAUUUGUCGCCCUCUAUAGUUGACCUCAUAAUUUGUCACCCUCUGUAGUUGACCUUUCUAUUACUGAUAUCCCGAAAACAUAACCAUAUUUUCGCUUUAAAUAUAAAUAAAAAAAUUAUUUUAUCCCCUAA